AUGGCCUGCAAUGUCACAAUUACUGUGGUAAUCAUAAGUGUGAUGUUGAUCUUGAUUCGUCUGCUCUAUGUUUUUUACCAAUCCGGCAAACCCCUCAAAACCAGAGGCUCUGCAGGCUUAGCAUCACCCCUUAGUACAUUCAUUAUAUUAGGCUCAGGGGGUCACACUGCAGAGAUGCUCAACCUGUUAUCCGUGCUGCAAAAGGACAGAUUUUCCCCCAGGUUCUACAUUGCCGCUGCUACUGACAAUAUGAGUCUCCAGAAAGCUCGGUUGCUAGAAGAGACUGAGGACAAAAUGGAGACUUCACGCUCACAGUUCAUGCAGAUCUAUCGAAGUAGGGAAGUGGGGCAAUCGUAUAUAACCUCUGUGUUGACUACUUUGAUAGCUAUGGUUCAUGCACUUUGGCUAAUGCUAAGAAUCAGACCUCAAGUGAUUCUAUGCAACGGGCCUGGGACUUGUGUUCCACUUUGUGUAAUUGCAUUCUUAUUUAAGGUUGUGGGGAUUAGAUGGUCAUCUGUGUUUUAUGUUGAGAGUAUAGCAAGAGUACAGAGGCUUUCCCUAAGUGGCUUGCUUCUUUACAAGUUACGCAUAGCUGAUCAGUUCUUUGUCCAAUGGCCACAGCUACAGAAGAAAUAUCCCCGAGCUCACUAUGUUGGCUGUCUCAUGUAGUCACUUUGGUAGUUUCUAACCUCCAAUAUAGUCUUACAUCCCUCAAGUUUUUACCUACUUUAAGUUAUUCUACUUCAAAUGUAGUUCACAACUCCUAAACUUCUUACUGACGAAAAUUGUGUUAUACCACCCACGAGGAUUGGGUCAGAACUAUUCAACUGCUGUAAAGUUCUUUGUGCAAUACUGAUACAUUUUUCAAAGUGAUGCCAUUUUGAUUUGUUAA